AAAAGAGACACAGUCAAUAAUAUAAAUAUAAAAAAUUAAUUAAAUAAAUAAAAUAUAAAUUAUUAUUUUUUUUAUUUAUUUUCAUCAAAUUGUCAGUCCCAAUUUUGUAUUGAUUUUCUCUGUAAUCGAAAAAAGCUUCAGUUUUGAUCUCAGCCAUGGCAGCUCCGUCGUCUUCGUCGGCGGCCACCACCAAUAUCAUGCUCGCUCUCUACGAGAAGAAAACUACUCAAAUCGACCUUUACCGUCCUCUUCGCAACUAUAUCGCUUUCAAUUACUCCGAUCGCGAAGCUCAAAACCUCGAAGACGAUCUCCAAACCCUCAAGGAGUAUCGUUCCGAUAUCGAACGCCAAUCCGAUCCUUCUCACACCGCCCGUCGUGAUCUUCUUCAGAAUUAUUACAAAGCCCUAUGUCUCGUCGAGACUCGAUUCCCAAUCUCUCCCGAUAAGGAUCACGUGAACUCCGUCACUUUCGUUUGGCAUGAUGCUUUUAAGAACAAACAGAAGGCUUCUCAGCAGAAUAUUCAUCUGGAGAAGGCUGCUGUGUUGUUUAAUUUGGGUGCUGUUUAUAGUCAGAUUGGAUUGUCUUAUGAUCGGUCUACUGUUGAUGGUCGGAGACAAGCUUCUCAUGCUUUUAUUGCUGCGGCUGGUGCUUUUCUUUUCUUGAAAGAUAAUGAGGCUGCUAAGGCUUCGAUUGGUGGCUCUACGACUGUGGAUUUGUCGGUGGAGUGUGCUGGGAUGUUGGAGAGGUUGAUGUUGGCUCAGGCUCAGGAGUGUGUUUUUGAGAACUCCAUUGCUAAGGGGAGUACUCCUGGAGUAUGUGCAAAGAUCUCUAGGCAGGUUGGGUUGUAUUAUGAGGAGGCUUUUGCGGCACUGACUGCUCCACCUCUGAACCAGCAUUUUGAUAAGGGCUGGAUAUCUCACGUGCAGCUAAAGGCUUCUUUGUUUUUUGCUGAAGCUUGCUAUAGGUGUAGUUUGGAAUUGCAUGAGAAAGAAGAGAUUGCAGAGGAAAUCGCUCGAUUAAAGAGUGGGAUUGCUGCACUAUCCGAGGCCAAGAAAUCUUCAAAAGGAGCUCCUCCACAGCUUGUGGAAGCAGUUAUCAAGUUAGAGGCCAGUCUCAAUCGCAACCUGGAGAGGGCCAUGAAGGAGAAUGACAGAGUUUACCUCAUGAGGGUCCCUUCCCCUAGUUCCUUACCUCCUCUCCCGGCAUUUUCCAUGGUGAAACCAAUGGCAAUGAGUGAAGUGUUGGAUGCUAGUAAGGAAAAAAUGUUUGCUAGUUUAGUCCCGGACAAUAGUGCAAAAGCUCUUUCUAGGUACACUGAAAUGGUGGAUGACAUUAUAAGAACACAAGCAGAGAAGUUGCAGCAAGCUAGUGAGCUAACUCGGGUAAGGCUCAAGGAAAUGGAUCUACCGGAAUCCAUUCUUGCUUUGGAAGGAAAUUUCACUCUUCCUACAGAUCUAAAAGAAGAUGUGGAGGCAGUGCAGAUAUGUGGGGGUCCAGCUGGUUUGGAAGGUGAAUUACAGCAGCUUAAAGAUUUGAGCCGGGUGAAUCAGGACAUGCUGGUUCAAGUUGAAGAACUCUUGCAGAAAGAGGCAAGAGAAGAUGGUCAAUUUAGAAGCCAAUUUGGAACACGGUGGACUAGGCCUCAAUCCAGCACUCUUACAAAGAAUUUGCAGGAUAGGUUAAAUAGGUUUGCAGCCAAUCUGAAACAAGCUUCAGAUAGCGAUGGUCGGAUUGAGCGCUCAGUGAGGGAACAUGCAGCUCUGAUGUCUAUUCUCGAUCGCCGUCCGAUUGAAUCUGCACUCCCAACUCUAGCGAGGCCAAUAAUGUCUUUGGAUGCUAAUGAAGAUGCUAUACUGGGGGCACUAAAGCAGAGCUUGAGGCAGUUAGAAACACUUGGUGCUGAACGGGCUGUUCUAGAAGACAUGCUCAAAGAUAUGAAGAGGAAGGAUGAUAUAUUACCAAAGUUGAUGACAUCAACUGGCUCCUUUGAGGACCUUUUCAGGAAGGAGAUAGCGAAGUACGAUCAUAUAUGUGAAGAUAUUGCCCAUAAUAUCGAUGCACAAGAACAAUUAUUGAUGCAAAUCCAGGCCCAAAAUGAGGACUUUGCCGCCAUCUUUAAUCUCGAAGAUUACAAAGCAUCUCGUGAGAAAUGUUACCAGCAAAUUCAAGCUGCUAUAGCAAAGUUUCGAGAAAUUAAGGACAACAUCAACGAGGGUUUAAAGUUUUACGUCACUCUUCAGGACGCAAUCACCAACGUGAAACAGCAAUGCAGUGACUUCGUAAUGACUAGAAAUAUCCAGUGUCGGGAAAUGAUCGAAGAUGUCCAGAGGCACAUGGCAGGCCUCAACUUCCAGGACUCUAAACCCGCAGGUCCAUACAACAACACCUACCCUUCAGCAAGCCACCAAACUCAGAGAUCAAAUUCACCACAAAUCGACCCACGUCCACAAGCACCGCCUUAUUACCAGCCUCCUCCCGAGCAGCAGCCAGCCAUGACUGGAUACGCUCACCCGAACCCUCCCUAUAGCUCCCCACAACAACCGCCUCCUCCUUACCAUGUCCCACCUUCCUCAGGAACUCCAUACCCGCCUCCACAGAUCCAACAACAGCCUCCAGCUAGCCACGAGUACGGCCAACCCGCAUACCCUGGGUGGCGGGGUCCAUACUACAAUGCUCACACUCACCCACAACAGUCGGGUUCUAUGCCUCGGCCUCCUUACUCGGUUCAAGCUCCAUACCACCCUCCUCCAACUCACCAAGGCGGUGGCGGCUACUAUAAGCCACAAUGAUAAAAUCGACAACAUUAUUUGUUUGUUUGUUUUGUAAUUGUAUCUGAUUUGAUUUGUCAGAAUCUCAAAUUUUAUGUUUCUAAUUCUAUGUUUUGAGAUUGUACAGCCAAUUCAUAUUUUAGAUUAUCAUCCUCUGUGGUUGUCUUGUGUUGCA